AUGGUCCCCUUGGAUGCCGCACCGUCUCCUUUACAGCUUAACUAUACUCCUGGCCAGCGUAAUACCGUUUUGGUACUUGUCAUCUGUGGGAUUAUAUCUCUUGUGUCUGUUUUGGGUCUAUUUGUACUCAUCAUUUUCGAACACAAAAAGAAGUAUCGACACACCCAUUUCCUAGCUUAUUUCCUGUGCUUAUGCCUCGCCAACAUCAUGCAAAAUUGGGGAACCAUCAUGAGCCUCAAAUGGGUUAUAUCGAACGAGGUCGUGGAUGGGUCACAUUGUUACGCACAAGGAGGCAUCAAGCAGGGUGGUAACAUUGCUGCAGCGCUCUGGAGUUUUGUUAUCUCGUUCCACCUUUUCAACCUCCUGUUCUUGCGAUAUCAAACUUCUCGGACUGUGUCGUUGGCCAUCAUUGCGUUUGGUUGGAGCUUUGUGUUCAUGUGUGUCUUCCUUGGCCCCGUUGCCAUCCAGAGUCAGUCGCGCGGACACUAUUUUGGUAUUUCAGGCCUCUGGUGCUGGAUAACUCCAGCUUACCGGUCAGAACAAAUCCUUCUUGAAUAUCUCGUGCAAUUUCUAUCAGUGGGACUUAGCUUUGUGCUACAUCUGAUGACAUUCCUGAGGGUUCGGGGAAACCUACUUCAUACUGAUGGACGGUGGAACUUUCGAGGUGGUGCAUCAUGGAAACUUGCUUUGGGGCGUGACUACACCGACUCGGCCAUGUUAGGCCUGGUUCAACACAUGGUUUGGUACCCGAUCGCCUUUGCGGCAACGAUACUUCCAGCCGCCAUCGCCCGGAUUCCUGCUCUUUGUGGUAUGGCUGACGUCCCAUUGUGGGUCCAAGCUGUAACCGGAGCCAUUUAUGACCUGUCUGGGCUUGUCAAUGUCUUGCUCUACCUGGGUGUCAAGCGACUAUUCCCCGAGCCAGAGGAUACGCCUGAGUUCACCGUGGAUCGAACGGUUGCAGACACGGAAAGCGGUGCUUCCAAAGAUGAAAUUGUGAAAAGCUGGGGAGUAACGCCUUUUUUAUUGGUUCAACCAACCAAACAUGAUUUGGAGGCCUCGAGCCCUGAACGACCCAACCAAAUAUCUGUUUAG